AUGAUCGCCAACUUCCAUAAUCCGAGACGGCUUCGCACGCCCUUCAUCGCCAUCGUCGUCUUCAUCUUAAUCACCGGUUUCUUCCUGCUUUUCCACCAGCCAUUGGUUCAGUACUUUGUAGUGCCCUGGACCUCGGAACAAUAUGGCGGCAGCUGGAUGAACGAUUCAGCACCCAACUGGGUCCAGCCAACACUCUACGAGGGCCGUCCAGACAAGACCGGUGAGGCAAGCCAGUAUGUGCAAGCCAUCCUGGAUCCCAAGAACGGCGGCUUCCCCAUUGUCAACUGCCCCUCACCCAACGUCACACGCUACGGGGUCCUGCGUCCAACCGAGAACAUGGACAAGCGGCACUACUUCUUCGCUCUCGACUUGCGACAAGUCAGAGAGCUCCUACCCCAGCUCAUCGGCGCGGUGCUGGAAGCCAUGAACAUCAUCGGCCCCGAGAACUGCGCCCUUUCCGUCGUCGAGGGCAUCUCGACCGACGGCACCUACGAGACCCUCUACCGCCUCCAAGCGCACAUGGAAAAGAUGGGAAUCGCGUAUUACCUGCAGACGAGCAACAUCGACUCACACAGUGGCGAUCGCAUCGGCAAACUCGCCAAGCUCCGGAACCUAGCGCUGGAGCCGAUGAUGGCAGAGGCUGAUGCCUACGACCCGAAGGCGACAAUUGUCUUUUUGAACGACGUUGCCGCGUGCACCGAAGACAUACUCGAACUGGCGUACCAGAAGCAGGUUCAAGGGGCGGAUAUGACCUGCGCGAUGGACUACCACUUCCUCCGGUUCGCCCCGCACAACGGAGAGCCCUCGUUCUAUGACUCGUGGAUUUCCCGAGCCAUCAACGGCGACACGUUCCUCCCGAUUCCCGACAGGACGCCUAAGGGAGAGCAGUGGAGCGACGUCGCCAACAUGUUCUGGAACCACCCGUACUCCCAAGAUCGCUAUCUCAGCCGGAAGCCGCUGCAGGUGUUUGCUUGUUGGAACGGAGGCGUUGCGAUGACUGGCGAGCCCUUCCUCAACAAGAAGCUCGACUUCAGGAGGUCGUACCCGGGCGAAUGCCACACGGGCGAGCCGACGCUGCUGUGCAAAGACCUGUGGAAUCUCGGCCACGGCAAGAUCGCCGUCGUGCCGAGCGUCAGCUUGGCGUACAACGUCAAGGACGGAAGGCAGAUCAAGGAGGAGAGGGGGUUCGCUUCGUCGUGGACGGUGAUAGAGAACUCGGGGUCGCCGCCCAAGAUCAACUGGCAGACGGAGCCGCCCGAAAUGGUCAAGUGCAUGCCGACGUUUAGGAAUCAGUUCUGGCGGCCUUGGAACGAGGGGCUGUAG